AUGCUCUCCUGCCUGGCCAGGGGGAAUCUGCUGGAUAUUCUCCAGGAGGGCUUCACCGAGCAACAGCUGCAGGCUUACGUGGCCUGGGUGAAUUCGCAGCUGAAGAAGAAGCCAGCAGUGAGGCCAGUGCAGGACCUGAGGCAGGACCUGCGGGAUGGGGUCACCUUUGCCCUGCUCAUUGAGAUUGUAGCUGGUGAGAAGCUGAGUGGCAUCGAGGUCAACCCCAGCAGCCAGCAGGAGAUGAGGGAAAAUGUGGAGAAAGUUUUACAGUUCGUGGCAUCCAAAAAAAUCCGCAUGCACCAGACGUCAGCUAAAGAUAUCGUCGACGGGAACUUGAAAUCCACCAUGAGGCUGAUCCUGGCUUUGGCCGCUCACUUCAAACCGGGCUCUGGCAGAGCUGGCUCGGGGGGCAGGAGCUGGCCAGCACCCCCGGGCGGCCUCCGGCCGCGCUCGGCCGCCGCCGUGGCCCAAGGGGCCGUGGCCGCGCUGGCCGACGUCCGGCAGGGUGUCCAGCAGUCCGGCCGGGACGUGUUCAGGCACAGACAGAGGACCAGCAGCAUGGAUGAGGAGAUUGAGAAUCCCUACUGGAGUGUGCGGGCCCUGGUGCAGCAGUAUGAGGGGCAGCAGAACGUGCCACUGGAGUCCCACCCUUCCAGCCUGACCUCACCCAGCCCAGUCCACAGUGCAAAGAGUGAAUCCACUGUAGCCCCCUCGGAGGAGAAGGAGAGACUUGUGAUCCUCCAAACUGAAGAGACAGAGACUAAAACAGAAGAGGUCGAGUCUCACUUCCAGCCUGAGUGGCAGGCAGGGAGCUCUGGGUCCUACUUGGAGAACUCAUGGGAGGAGCAGCUCUUGGAACAGCAGGAUCACCUGGAAAAGGAAAUGGAGGAGGCGAAAAGGAUGAUCUCGGGUUUGCAGGCUUUGUUGCUCAAUGGGUCUUUACCUGAGGAUGAGCAGGAAGGGUCCUUCGAACUUUCUGAGCGUGGAGCCUGCCCCGAGGAGCAGCUGAUCAUCAUCCGAAGCCGUCUGGACCAGAGCGUGGAAGAAAAUCAAGAUCUGAAGAAGGAGCUGCUGAAAUACAAACAAGAAGCUCGGAACCUCCAGGGAAUAAAGGACGCUCUGCAGCAGAGGCUGAUCCAGCAGGACGCUGCAGUGCUGCAGCUCAAGCAGGAGCUGCUGAGAGCCAACAUGGACAAGGAGGAGCUGCACAACCAGAACGUUGACCUCCAGAGGAAGGUUGAAGAGAGAAACCAGCUCCUGGCAGAGUACAAAAAGGAGCUGUGUCAGAAGGAUCGGCACCUGCAGCAGCACCAGGCCAAGCUGGAUGAGAUGCUCAGGCAGCUUUCCGAGGCCAGCUACCAGCAGGUGGAUUUGGAGCGGGAGCUGGAGCACAAGGAAGCCCUGCUGGCUCACUGCAUGAAGAGAGAAGCUGAGGAGGUGAUGGCUUACAGCAGUCACAGUGCCCAGAGCAAUGGCUUUCUCCAGCCAGCAGGAAAAGGAGCUGCCCCCACAGCCCACCGAGGGACCAAUGACUUGCAGCUGGUCCGGGACGCCCUCCGCAGCCUCAGGAACAGCUUCAGUGGGCACGACCCGCAGCACCACACCAUCGACAGCCUGGAGCAGGGCAUCUCCAGCCUCAUGGAGCGCCUGCACCGCGUGGAGACGCACAAGAGGCAGGACAGGAGGGUCCGGGGGAAAUCACCAGCGAGCAGAGCAACUAAUGAGUGCAGGGACUCCUGGCCUCCCAAAUCCAAGCUGCCUCACUCUCAGAGCACGCCUGUGAUGAGCACCAGUGCCUGCACCAAAGUGUUGUACUUCACCGACCGCUCCCUCACGCCCUUCAUGGUCAGCAUACCAAAGAGGUUAGGGGAAGUGACUCUGAAGGAUUUCAAGGCAGCCAUCGAUCGGGAAGGAACCCAUCGGUACCACUUCAAAGCCCUGGAUCCAGAGUUUGGCACAGUGAAGGAGGAGGUAUUCCAUGAUGAUGAUAUCAUUCCUGGAUGGGAGGGGAAAAUCGUGGCCUGGGUGGAAGAAGACCACGGGGAGAAUUAA